AUGGCGUCCAAAUUGCUGACGCGGCUGUUGCUAAGGGCUAAAAAUAAUGAUGAUAUCAUUCUUGUAACAACGCAAAAUGAUGCUCAAAAUGCUGACGGUGCAAAAUUGGGCCUGCAGAUUCUAAGAAAAACGAUGACGUUAUCCGUAAAAUAUGUGGUCCCCUCCAAUCUCUUGUUCACCACGCUCUCGGAUGAGGAACAACCCGGACAACGAACGGACACGGUGAGUAUCGACAACGUUUUAUUCUGUACAGGUAAGGAUUUGAAUAAUUUCAAUGAAAAAACUGAUUUUUGGGCUUAUCACGAGCAAAUAGUAAGCGAUUUAAAUAAUGCAAAAAGCGUAGAUCUAGACAGCAACCAAAUGGCUGAAGAUUUGAAAUAUUAUCUGCAUCAGAAUCUAGCAAGGCGUUACUUGACAGUAAUAGCAACUUCAGUACCUUCUGAGCGUUUAUUUUCUAAAGCAGGUCGAAUUAUGAGCGAGUCAAGAAAUCGAAUUAAAGGAUGUCGAACUUCUUUCUACGACUUAAUUCUGUUUUCCGGAUGGCUCAUUCUGGCUGCAUCCGCCUACCGGUUGCAAGGUACGCUUCACUUCAAAACCGACGGAAGUCUGAAAGUCGAUCGCCGAGAACACCCGACCGGAAUGAGGUACGCCUCACUUCAAAACCGACGAAAGUCUGGAAGUCAAUCGCUGGAAACACCCGACCGGAGUGAGGAACGCCUGACUUACAGAUCGACGGGAUACAGGAAGCCGGUUACCGGGAACACCCAACCGAAAUGA